AUUGAUGACCAUGUAACAUAUAUACUACUCCCUCCGUUCGGAUUUAGAUGUCGUGGGGUUCUAAAAUUUGAACUACGAAACAUUUACAAGAAACCCCCUGCGCAUCUUCAAAUUGUACAAAAAUAGACGACGACAGGCGUGCGCGGCUCGCGCGUGAAGAAUCGGCCGCCGGCGAGGCUACAGGCCAGUGGAGCUCCGGUCGCCGGCCUGAUCCCAAUCCUUAUCCCCUGCCAAAAAUGUCCUGAAGCUCCUCCGCUGCCUCCGGCCGUGGAUCAACGGAAUCGAGGCCAUCUCCUCCCACCACGACCGCCGCUGCCCCCACGAGCUCGACGCCGACGGGCGACCUCACUCCUCCCUGAGCCAGUCCGAGCUCCGCCGCGCCGAGAGCUACGCCCGCCUCGAGCCACGCUUGUCGGAAAGCAACGAAUCAACUGAAUCGCCGCCGUCCCCUCCCAAUCCGGUCGCUGCUUGCCGCCGCUGAAGCUCGUCACGGCUCCUCCGGUGAACACAAAACGUCGGCGUCGUGCUUCUGCUUCUGCUUCUGCAGCCGGUCGAGCUCGUGCUUCUGCUUCUCCCCUGCAGCCGAUGGAGCUCGAGCUGCUGCUGCUUCCCUGCCUUCGAGUUCUUCUCUGAAGAAGUUACAGGUUGUUGCUGCUGCUCCUUGCUCUGUAAUUUUCUCAAAGAAUCUGAAAUUGCUGCUGCUCCUUGAUCUGUAAAAACAUUCCCCACUGAAAGCAUUGGAAUAAAUCAUAUACUCCAUGUUCUGACCAUGUUGCCCCACGGUAAGAAGAGCAACAUUGUGCUUGAAUUGGAUUGGAGUGUUGCUGUCAGAGAGUUUUUGGUUUCAGAUUCCUUAGAUAGAUACCAAAAUCUUGCGCGGUUGCAAUUAGUGUGUUCUUGGAUUCAGAUCUGGUUCAGGUUCUAGCCUACUGCAGCAUGAAUCAAUCAAGCAAAUCCCCAUUUCUGAACCUAUGCUAAUCUUGCAAGCAGUAUAACACCAGGCAAUGUACUCCAAAUACUAUAAGAACUGGAGUAAUCACUUCAUCAUGGAAAUCCUCAUGAUGAAGUGAUUUUGGGAGGCUCAUUGGUUCUACACAGCCCUUUCUUUUUGCACCUUUUAUUUGUGAACUGAACUUCCUUUAGCACUUGCGAAUCCUCAUAAUGUUUGUAAUGCUACAAGUGUUUAUGUAGCUGAGGAUUUUGGAGUGUACCUGUUGAUGUUAAGCUGCAAGAUUGGGCUCUACAUACCACAUAGCCCUUUGUUGCUCUUGAUUGAAGUCGUCUUCCACUGCAUCUCAUUUGCUUUGCUUCUGAAGGUGAAAAACAUGACAGACCUGCCGAGAAGCUACAUUUCUGAAAGGGCAUUUUGCCAGGCACCAAGUACCAGUGCAGAGACGUUAAAAAAACAAAAAGUACCAGUGCAGGGUUUUGUUAGCAUUCACAGUAAAAGUAAAAAAUAAAUAAAUAAAGUAAAUGCAUGGCUAAUUUGUGUGACCAAAGAACACAUGGCUAACAGGACAAUGCUUUUCUAGAGACCAGCUGCGAGAUGCUUAUUCCAUUUAGCUGCCUUGCAUUAGUAAAGAAUAUCACUUUGUAAAAUAAAGUAAAUAUGGAAUUUGCUUUUCUGCAGGAUAUCACUUUGUAAAAUACCUUAUCAGUGUUGAUUUGCUUUUUACUUUUUUCAGGAAAGAACAAGUUACUAACACUUCUUCAGGGAAGAACAAGAAAUUAUCAUUUUUACAGGGAAAAGAAUAAAGUUACCUGAGCAAGUGCUCCACCGCCGCAAUGAUGUUUGGGAUUGAUCUCAACAUGAGUCCUCGACAAGAUAAUGCCUCAGAACCUGCAGAUCAACAGGAAGAACACAAUAGUCAACAACGAUACAACAAUGAAGAACCAGUCAAUAAUGAAGCAACAGGGGAAGAAACAAGUGGUGUAGAGGAACCAAUUCAUGAAGAAGCAAGUGGUCUAGAGGAAGCAAUUCAUGAGGAAGCAAGUGAUGUACAGAAACCAAUUCAUGGGGAACUCACAAAUGAGGAGAGAUAUGGUAUUUAUUUUGCACUCAUGGUGAUCAAGACCCAAAAUGGACAAGUUCUGAAAAAAGACAAGGAGGUCAUUGCUAGCCUACUCGAUACAGCCGUAAGAACUGUUGAGAGAAUAUGGGAAAGAGCUCUUAAACAGAUUGAAAAAGGGGAGAAAGUUGAUGUCUCAAAUCAAAAGCCAGGUAGAGUUGGCCGCAAGCGGAAAGAUUUGGAUCUGUCGAGGGUGGUGACAAUCCCAUUGAACAGAAGGAGAACAUUGCGAGGUCUGUCAAAGGCAUUGGGUGUAAGCUGCACGACCUUACACUCAAGGUUCGAGUGGGGUCAUUUGAGGCGUCACAGUAAUGCAUCCAAGAGGUAAUGAGAAACAAGGGAGCGAUAAACUACUCGAUCCCUCACAUGAACAAGGUACGCCGGCAGGAAGAAGGACGGCUUCGUAUAGCCUUUAUAGAAGAGGCAGAAGCAAUCUUAGCAGCAGAAAAAGAGCAGAAGCAGCAGGAAAAGAACAACAAGAAAAGAGCCCUAGCAGCCUUCAAGAAGCAGAAACACCCUUCGAAUACCAGCAGCCUCCAAGCAGCAGGAAAAGAGAAUCAGGAGCCUUCAAGCAGCAGGAAAAGAGUACCAGCAGUCUCCAAGAAGCAGGAGCGGAGCAGCAACAACCUUCAAGCAGCAGGAAAAGAGCACGAGCAGCCUCCGAGCAGCAGGAAAAGAGUACCAGCAGUCUCCAACAAGCAGGAGCGGACCAGCAACAACCUUCAAGCAGCAGGAAAAGAGCACGAGCAGCCUCCGAGCAGCAGGAAAAGAGCAGCCACCUCCUUGAAGCGGCAGAAACACCCUUCGAGUACCAAUAGCCUCCAAGCAGCAGGAAAAGAGAACCAGGAGCCUUCAAGCAGCAAUAACAGAGCACCAGCAGCCUCCAAGCAGCAGGAAAAGAGCAGCUCUUCUUUACUCCAAGCAGGGGAGUACUUGGGAUCAGCUAGUACUCUGGUUGGUGCGAGGAAUAACCAGUUGGUUAAGCUGAAUUACAUUUGCAGCCAGGAGUACUUGAAGAUUCAGAUAAGGUGAUUUUGGCAGAAGAUUCAGAUAAGCUGAAUGACCAGUAACCGUUUUUGCAUCUUUCUCUGUAAAAUACUCCUGCUUAUAAUUAAUUAAUUAAUUUCUCAAGGGAAGAAAGAAGAAGAAGAUAAGAAUGGGAUUUAAUUGGAUAGCCCUGCCAUCUCCUCUUGCUUAAUGAGCUGUUAAUGUGCCCCCCCUCUUUGUUGAUGGAUGUGGAGGCUACAUUAUUUUCCUGCAGUAGAGAACUCAUGCUACAGUGAUUUCAGGCUCCAAAAAAGUGAUCCAUGUGUGCUGUGCAAAACUAACUUUUUCAUCUUGCAAGUUGCAAGAUCUCUACCCAUAAUGAAAAAUUACUGUUGCUGUGCUUAAUCAGAGUAUACUAAUUCAUGUGGAAGAUGAAAAUACCUUUAAGAAU